UCCGUAGCGAAGUGACAACACGGCAACAGCACUUUGAUCCGAGCUGCUGCUAGCCGGCUGAUAAGUGUCUCUGGAGCUCGUAGAUGCGGAUAGACAAGUUGAGAUACAGACAGUUGACGUUUGAACCUUUAACAGAGGAAGAUGAGGCUGAAGGAGAUCCAGAGGACUGCCCACCAGGCCUGGAGUCCUGCCGGACACCAUCCCAUCCACCUGGCCCUGGGGACAUCAGCGCAACAGCUGGAUGCUUCUUUCGACACCACAGCUGCUAUAGAGAUAUUUGAAAUGGAUUUUGCUGACCCUUCUCUGGAGAUGCAGCUUAAAGGGUCAUUACCCACAACAAACAGGUUGCACAGUAUAGUAUGGGUCAAUUUUGGAAUGGGAGCAGAAGGCACUGGAGGGAGACUUAUCAGUGGAAGCGAAAAUGGCACAUUGAGUGUUUAUGAUCCUGAGGCUAUAAUGACUGGUGCCGAUGCAGUAAUAGGACAGUCUGACAAGCAUACAGGACCCGUCCGAGCACUUGAUUUCAACCCUUUUCAGAGUAAUCUUCUUGCAUCAGGAGCAAAUGAUUCAGAGAUUUAUAUCUGGGAUCUAAACAAUUUUAAUAGUCCAAUGACACCAGGGGCAAAAACACAGCCUGCUGAAGACAUCAGUGUUGUGUCGUGGAACCGACAGGUUCAGCACAUCAUGGCCUCUGCCAACCCCAGUGGGAAAGCAGUUGUGUGGGACCUGAGAAAGAAUGAGCCUAUUAUAAAGAUCAGUGAUCACAGUAACAGGAUGCACUGUUCAGGAAUGCUAUGGCACCCCGAUGUGGCCACUCAGUUGGUAUUGGCGUCUGAAGAUGACCGACUGCCUGUCAUCCAGAUGUGGGACCUCCGCUUUGCUACAUCACCUCUGAAAGUUUUCGAGAACCACACGAGGGGAAUUCUGUCCAUAUCAUGGAGCCAGUCUGACUCUGAACUCCUGCUGAGUAGUGCUAAAGACAACAGGAUCCUCUGCUGGAAUCCAAACACUGGAGAGGUUAUUUAUGAACUUCCAACAACAAAUCAGUGGUGCUUUGAUGUCCAGUGGUGCCCCAGGAAUCCAGCCCUGCUUUCAACAGCAUCAUUUGAUGGAAGAAUCACGGUUUACUCUGUGAUGGGAGGGAGCUUGAAGGCACAGCAUCAAAGCACAGCUGAUAAGAUCUCCUCCUCAUUUGAUACCAUGGAUCCCUUUGGCACAGGGCAGGUGUUGCCUCCCCUACAAGUCCCUCAGCCUAAUGUUCAGGACACCAUAGUUCCUCCGCUAAAGAAGCCCCCUAAGUGGGUGCGCAGGCCAGUGGGAGCUUCCUUUGCUUUUGGUGGAAAGCUGAUAACCUUUGAGAAUCCCAAGCUGCCCCCAGUGCAGAGCCCCCAACCCAUCCCCAGACAAGUGUUUGUGAGCCAGGUUACCACGGAGACAGCGUUCCUCCAACGCUCCAGGGAGCUUCAGGCGGCGCUUCAGUCGGGUUUAUUCAACAACUACUGCCAGGCUAAGGUUCAGAAUGCCAAGUCAGACGCUGAACAGGACAUAUGGAAGUUCCUUCUGGUUAACUUUGAGGAUGAAGCCCGUGUUAAAUUCCUCAAACUUUUGGGCUUCAGCAAAGAUGAAUUGGAAAUAAAGAUUUCAAAAUGCUUGGGGAAGAAUUUUCAACCAAAUGGACAUGGAGUAGAUGCCAAAGACCUCGCAGAAAAGAUGCAGCGGCUUUCAACUGAGAGGGCUGAAGCAGCGGCUGAAGCUAGAACCUCAGGCUCUGUUUCCCCAGCAGACUUUUUCAGUCAGACCCCAAAGGAAAACUCCAACUUCCACAUCCCCGUAUCAUGUGAUGCCGAUGGUUUGAUCAGCCAGGCGCUGCUGGUCGGAAACUUCGAAGGAGCUGUAGACCUGUGUCUGAAUGAUGGUCGCUACGCUGAAGCCAUCCUUCUGUCCAUCAGUGGCGGAGAAGAAUUGCUCAAAAAGACUCAGCAGAAAUACCUCAGCAAGCAAAAGAACAGCAUUUCGAUGUUAAUUUCAUCGGUAGUCACCCAGAACUGGAAGGACAUAGUGCAAAGCUGUGAGUUGGAAAACUGGAAGGAAGCUCUAGCUGCUCUGCUGACUUAUGCUCACCCUGAAGAUUUUGCUUGCCUAUGUGACACCCUGGGAAGCAGGUUGGAGUGUGAGGCGACAGAGAAGCGAUGCCUGCAGGCCUGCUUGUGCUACAUCUGCUCUGGAAACAUUGAGAAGCUCGUGGAGUGCUGGGCCGUGCAUAGAGACUGCUCUUCCCCUCUUGGUCUUGAGGAUCUGGUUGAAAAAGUUAUGAUGCUGAGAAAGUCAAUCGAGCGCCUGCGCAACAGCGAGGUCCUGGUCCAGAGCCCCAUCCUGGCCGAGAAGCUCACAUCUUACGCUGGCAUUCUGGCUGCAGAGGGAAGUUUAGCCGCUGCCAUGAACUACCUGCCUGACAACUCAGACCAGCCUACGAUCACGAUGCUGAGAGACAGGCUGUUCCAUGCUCAGGGAGAGGCUGCUACCCCACAGCAGCCUCCAAACUCAUUUAAUAGAGGCACAGUGAAGCCUGCUCCCUCUGCUCUGGCUGCUGCACCCAAAGCACAAAUCAUGAGUCAGUACCAGCCUUCUGCUCCACCUCAGGUGGCUGCGCCGCAGCAACCUCCUAUGCCAUCCAUUUUUACCCCUCAAGUUCCUCCUCCCAACCCAGGGCCUGGUCUACCACCCUCUUCUCAUGUGCUGCCCCCCACCGUAACCGGUCCCUCCAUGAGGCCCUCCUACCCACAACAUCCGGCUACAGCUCCAGGGUUCCCUUCUCAUCAGCAAUUCCAGCCUCCGCCUAUGUCCACUGGGGGACUCUUCUCUCCCACAGGUCCAUCUAUGCCAUCUGCCAGCUUAUCAGGACCUCAACUACCCCCUUCAUCAUCGACCCAUGGAGGUCUGCCUCCAAUGCCCAGCCCCGGGGUGCCACCGACAGGCUUUAUGCCGUCUACUUCCUUACCCUCAGGCUUCAUGCCACCCAGUUCCCAACCAGGGGCCCCAGUUCCCAUGUACCCAGGGGGUCUCCACAACCAGGGGCCUUCUGCACCUCUGAUGGCAGCUGGCCACUUUGCUCCCCCCGGAUCUGGUUAUCCACAGGGAGGCCCUGGCGCUCCUUCUGUAAAGCCCUUCGCUGCUCCUGCUGUUCCACCUCCUCCUACAGGAUACUUUCCUUGGCUGAAUUCCCUGUGUGAUGAUCAAGGACCUCAAGAGGGCUGGAACGACCCACCGACAGUACGAGGGGGAUCCAGGAAGAAGAUCCCUGAUAACUAUACUCCACCAGCCCCCAUCACAGCUCCCGUAAUGGGUUUCCCAGUGGAGGCCCCACAGCCUCACGACCACACCCAGGUCCCCCCUGGAGCUCCUCAGGAGCCCAGUGUACAGCUCCUCCAUCAGCUGCCAGCAGAGAGGGUGGAGCAAAAAGAAAUCCCAGCUGAGCACAUGAUCCUCAAAACCACCUUUGAUGGCCUGGUGCAGCGCUGCCAGCUCGCAGCAGGAGACCCGCAAACCAAAAGGAAGCUUGAUGAUGCAGGCAAGCGUUUGGGGCACCUGUACGAUAAGCUGAGAGAGCAGUCGCUUUCUCAUAACAUCCUGAACGGGCUCCAUGAGAUCAGUCGCUGUGUGACGAACCAACACUACCAGCGGGCCCUGGAGGUCCACACUCAGGUGGUCAGCAGCAGCAACUUCAGCGAGAUCUCUGCCUUCAUGCCCAUCCUCAAAGUGGUCAUAACCAUUGCCAACAAGCUGGGUGUCUAAGACCCCGGGGGACACCUCCAACCACACCUCAGUGUUAUCAUAUUGUUAUGUGUAUUUAUUUCUUCUUUUUUUUUUUUUUUUUUUCCCUCUUCUUAUUUUUUGACCCGAUGACAAGCGCUGAUGAGAAUAAUAGCUGAUGAGUUUACAGCGAUUCUCAUCGCUCCAUACUUGCUCCCUGUAAGAGGACACAGAUUGUUGUUGAGAUUUUCCAAUGUUUCUCUGAUCAUUUUACAAAAAGAUGAAUGUAUUCUGAAAGUUGUGAUUCAGUGUCGGUUCAAUAUUUACUGUAAUAUAUGAAGCAAGUGGUGAUCAAGUGAUCAAAGGUAGGGUGGUACAUGGGUGCAUGUUUUUUUUCUUCCCUCUUUCACUUUGGCAUUUGUACAAAACUUUUGAUUACACAUAUGCAGCUGCUCCAAUAAAACUCAGUAAAAUGUAAAAAAAAAAAAAAAAAAAAAAAACCCCAACUAAUUCUGGACUCAAGCUGACCACGUUAAAAUCUGGAUUGCUCUUGCAAACCACCCUUUGCAGCAUACUUGGAACAAGGGGAAUAAAACAGAUAGGCAUUCUUGUAUUUACCAAGUGUGUAACAUUUCAUAAAAAAAAAAAUGAAAUAAUAAAUAAAAAAAUCAAGUAAUUUAGAAACACUGAGUUCUGAUUGCACUCUUCUGAGAUUGUACUGAUUAUGCCGUGUGGGUUUUAAGGCCAAAACACUGCAUAAGAAUGUCAGACUGUUUUUCAAGUGAUUUUUUUUCCUUUUUUUUUUUUGUUUGUUUAAUUUGACUGUAGUUUAGCUCUGUAAAAGUAUCUCCUGGUGGCCUGUGAGGAUGAUCUAUGUUUCCUUUCACUCAGACUUGCUUCAGUGUUCCCUUGUUCACAUUUCCUCACCAGCUGCUGGGUUCACAACAAUUUGUAAAACAAAAUUUACAUUAACAGUUUUACUGCAAAUGAAUUAACAUCUUUGCUGCACCCUUGAUGUAACCCACUCUGUUAAAAAUCAUCCUACUACUCUUUCUGCAAAGACAGCAUUGUAUCCUUUUGUAACUUAACAUUUUUUUUAGUCAUCAUUGUGGUAGAAUAGCAACUUUAAUGAAUUGACAAAUACCAAAAAAAAAAAAAUCAAUGUUUUUUUUGUAGCUGCACAUAAAGCUGGAUCAUUUGGUUUGUCGCGGCAGCAGAAGGCAGGAAAGUGCCUAGGUGCCCAUUUUGGUUGCACAAAUAUUUAUACAAUCCAUGUUGCUUAAUUUACUCAUUUCAGUAUCUUUUUUUCAAAUAAAGUUUCACAUAAGAUUUUAAGUCUUUAAACUCUAAA